CUGCUGCCGGGGCGCCCGCGCAGCCUCGAUGUUCCAGCUGCCAAUUUUGAAUUUCAGCCCCCAGCAAGUAGCCGGGGUGUGCGAGACGCUGGAGGAAAGCGGCGAUGUGGAACGCCUCGGUCGCUUCCUGUGGUCGCUGCCCGUGGCCCCGGCGGCCUGUGAGGCCCUCAACAAAAAUGAGUCGGUGCUGCGAGCGAGAGCCAUCGUGGCCUUCCACGGUGGCAACUACCGCGAGCUCUACCAUAUCCUGGAAAAUCAUAAGUUUACUAAGGAAUCGCAUGCAAAGCUGCAGGCACUGUGGCUUGAAGCGCAUUACCAGGAGGCAGAGAAGCUUCGCGGACGGCCUCUGGGGCCAGUAGACAAGUAUCGAGUAAGGAAGAAGUUCCCACUACCCCGGACCAUUUGGGAUGGCGAACAGAAGACACACUGCUUCAAGGAGCGCACGCGGCACCUGCUUCGAGAAUGGUACCUUCAGGACCCAUAUCCCAACCCCAGCAAAAAGCGAGAGCUCGCCCAGGCAACCGGACUGACCCCCACACAGGUGGGCAACUGGUUCAAAAACCGCCGACAAAGAGACCGGGCAGCUGCAGCUAAAAACAGACUCCAGCAGCAGGUUCUGUCGCAGGGCCCUGGGCGGGUGAUACGCUCGGAGGUUGAAGGCACGCCAGAGGUCUUGGGCGUCGCCUCCAGCCCGGCUGCCAGCCUGUCGAGCAAAGCGGCCACUUCGGCCAUCUCCAUCACUUCCAGCGACAGCGAGUGCGACAUCUGA